AUGAAUUCAUUCCUCUCGACUACGACCAAUCGUCGAGCAGCUCUUUCUUUUCUCUACUCUUCAUCUCUAUCGGAUAAUUUAGAACGUGUAUUGUUUGAAAUCGAUGCUAAUCCUCAGCUUGAUGGUGUCAAACCAUUUGCUGAUAUAAGUUCACUCAGUUAUUUUCCAGGCGAAAACGAAGUAUUAUUAAUGUUAGGAUCUAUAUUGCGUCUAGUGAGCAUUGAUGUUGGUGAACGAGGAGUUUCGAUCAUCCGAUCGACAUUAUGUAGCAACAGUGAUCAUGAUGUGCAAGCUGUCUUCGACUAUGUGAAGAAUCAAUAUGGUGAUGCAGAGGCAACUACUCUUUCAUUUGGUCUCGUGCUAGGUCUAAUGGGCAAAUACAAUGAAGCAGAAAAAUAUAUUCGUUGUCUACUCAAAGAAUUACCGCCAGAUCAUGAGGACAUUGCUGCUUGCUAUCAUGAUCUUGGCGAGAUAUUAGAUAAAAAAGGUGAUUAUGAUUCUAGUCUACAGUCGCAUCAGAAAGCACUCGAGAUUAUGCUGCAAACACGCAGACCUGAUCAUCCAGAUAUUGCGACUAGUUACAACAGUGUUGCCGCUGUUCAAGUAAAGACUGGUAAUUACACGGAAGCAUUAGAAUCAUUCAGAAAAGCAUUCGAGAUUUGGAGGCAAGCAUUUGGCGAAAACCAUCCUAACAUAGCCCUCUGCUUAAGUAAUAUGGCUGGUAUCUAUCAAAUAUCCGGAAAAUUUGCAGAGGGACUCGAUUGCUUGAAACUGGCAUUACGUAUUCGACAAUAUCAUCUCCCAGCCAAUCAUCCUGAUAUAGCCGAUACACACAAUAAUAUCGGCCUGCUCUAUUUCACUCUUGAUCAACUUGAUCUUGCCCUUGAACAUUUCAAUAUGUCGCUCAAAAUUAAACAAAUAUGUCUUCCUCCUAAUCAUCCUGAUAUUGCUAUGACAUUGAGCAAUAUGAGUCUCGUUUAUGAGCAGAAAGAGGAAUUCAAUCAAGCACUGUCAUAUCUACAAAGAGCAUGCAACAUUUGUCAUCAGACAUUAGAACUUACUCACCCCUAUAUACUCCAUAUUGAGCGACUCAUUCAACGUGUUUUCUCAAAACUAAAAUAG